CGUACUUGGAGAGACAGAGUCUCCUGAAUUCUGUGUUUUGUGGAUGCUGGAUGAUGUUCAGGUGGGAUACUAUGACUCCAAUUCCUGGAGAUUUAUCUCUAGGACCGAUGGGAACAUAGAUGAAGAGUAUUCAAGAACAGUUCAAGGUGCGUCUUGGGACGUGUACCUCAGUAUGGAGGAAGUGGUCGUCCCUCUUACAGCACCGCUUUAACUCCACAACAGUGCAUCCUAGAGUAAGACUCAUUUCAAAAGAAAGCACAGAUACUGCAGGGGCCAAGAUCACCUGCCUGGCCUUUGGUUUCUACCCCCGCCACAUCAACCUCACCCUGCUGAGAGACGGCCAACCUGUGGCAGAGCAUGAGCUCAAAGGGGGGCAAUUGCUACAAGGAGAUUGGACGUACCAGCUGAGAAAGAGUCUGACAAUCACUGUCCAGGAGCUGAGAGAGAGACCCGACUACACCUGCACUGCCAAUCACAUCAGUAUGGACAACAAGCUGUAUGUCAGUUGGGUUCCCGAUACUGGCCCAGAUAGCGCCUCCAUCAUUCCAGUAGUCCUGGUAAUGGCAGUCGUGUUAAUUCUGAUUGGGAUCCUUGUUUGGCAUGUGGAAGUGGAAACACACAGGCGUUCCUACAUUUUCUGGACAUAUAUACUCUGCUGCCAAAGUUACUGAGACAGAACAGAGCAACUCCUCUUUAGAGACAGAAUCAACAGAUUCUUUAUACUACUAUACUCAUAUCUCUGCUGAAUAUGAAAGGAAUUGGAUGAUGGUCACCUAUUUCAAAAGUAAAAUGAACAAAUCCAUAACUAAUCCUCAAGCAAGCUUUUCACUCCAGCAAUGUUCCAGGGUAACUCACUAAUAUGGUUAAUGGCACAGGGAUAGCCUAAACUGUGAUUGAUUUCAUCAACAUACAAGUCUUUUAUUUUUUUAAUUUGACCUUUAAAAUAUAUAUAUAUAUAUGUAUGUAUAUGUACAAUUUCAUAAGACAAAUCAAAUACAAUGUUAAACAAUGAGUCCAUCCAUUGUAUUGCACCAUGAACUUUUAAUGAUUGCUACAGUCCUCAUUUAAGUCUGAUAUCUGGAACUGUGGCCUAUAAGCUGUAGUGUAUUGCCAGUCUUGCCGUGUCUGCCUAUUAUUGAAUAAUGACCACAAUGGAAAUAAGUCCAAUGAAAAAUAAUCUAUAAUUGUAUUGUGUUAGAUUUGAUACCAUAAAAUGUAAAUAAUAGUAAAUGUACUGGCUGUAUAAUAUGUGUUUCUUAAAUUGUC